GCUUCCAUCCCAAGACUCUUUCAGGACCACUCUUUUACUAUACCCGCUGUUUCUUCUCUGAGCGUCACCGAGAGAAAGAAAGGAGAAAGAGAGAGAGAGAGAGAGAGAGGCUGACAAACUGACUACAGCUACCUGCUGGAGGAGGAUCGGAUAUUGAAACACGCACUCUCAACCGAGCAACAAGACAAUACAAACAGCUACAACAAAACCCGCAAUUAGAGAAGAGUUGUGUGUGUUUUCCAGACGGCAAAAAGGACUAAUAAUCAUCAUUACCAUUGACCCAACGCCAUCAGAAAACCCAGGAGUGAAUAUAUAGCCAUGUAUUUGAAUAGAGAAGAGAACAAUAGCAAAGCAGGCUCCCUGUCCCUCAGUGUGCUCCUGGUGUCUCUAGCAGUCACAGUGUGUACUGUCUGGCUGGUGGCUCUGUGUGGCGUCUGUGGCUGGUGUCAACGCAAGCUGGGGAAGAGGAAUAAGCCAGGACUGGAGGCGGCUGGUACUUCAGAGGCGGGUCGUGGGCGAGGAGGAGAGAAAAAAGCCAUCAACGAUCUAGACAGAGACUUUUGGAAUAACAAUGACAGCAGCAGCUCAGUACAGGGGAGGAGGUGGAGCUCCUAUCCAUCCAAGGAGUUCCUACUAAACAUUUCUCCCAAUGCCCCACACGGAGAUCAGCGCCUCACACUCAAGUGAGUCUUAGUGAAAGGCUGGUAAGAGAGAGACCCUCCCCCUGAGCAGGGCUGUAGAGAGACAGUGGUGGUACCUUUCCUUCCUUCCUUCCUUCCUUCCUUCCUUCCUUCC